AUGUUUUUCUUCAUUACUUUAGGAUAUUGUGCUAAAUAUGCAAUCUUAUUUGCAGGCUCCAAGGAUUGGUCUAACUACAGACAUCAAGCAGAUGUCUAUUAUAUGUAUGGAAUCUUAAAAUCUCAUGGUUUUGACGAUGAUCAUAUUUCCAUGUGGACUUAUAAUGAUAUUGCAGACAACGAAUUAAACCCUUAUCCUGGAAAAGUCUUCCAUACCCUUAACAAUACAAAUAUUUAUCCUGGAAAAGAAAAAAUUGAUUUUCUCGGAGAGAACUGCUCAAGCACAAAAUUCAUUCGAUAUCUAAAAGAACUCAACACAACGAAGGAUGAUGAUCUCUUCAUCUUUUAUAAUGAUCAUGGCUCUGCAAAUAUCUUGUCAACCCCUGUUGGCCGUCCCAUUACUACAUAUCAAUUAGGCAAUACAAUUAUUACUAUGAGCAAGACUCGCAAAUUCAGAAAAAUGUUCUUCCUUGUUGAGGCUUGCAACAGUGGCUGCUUAAAGGAUUCUAUUGUAUCACCAAACGUUGCAGUAAUCACCGCAGCUCAAUGCAGCGAAUCUAGCUAUUCAGCGAUUAACAGCAAGUGGGCAGGAGCCUUCUUAUCCAAUGAAUUUUCUGCUUAUGUCAUAAGAGAGAUUGAAAUGAAUCCCACCCACACAAUUAACUCUCUUUUUGAAAAUGUUCAUGAAAAAAUGAGCCAUUCUACUCCAACUAUAUUUGGUGAUAUUCUUGAUACACCAAUUUCCGAUUUUAUUGGCGUUGGACCAAAAAGUUCUAUUAGAAGACAAGCGCUUGACGAAGAAGAUGAAAAAAUUGUACAUGCAGAACUUUAUGCUAAACCAGAAGCUCGCGAAAGGUACUACCAGCACCAAAAAUACAUGAAAUCACUUACAGAAAAGAUGGAAAAUGCAAUCAAUACUAUUGUUAACAAAGUUGCAGGCCAAGAGGCUCCAAUCUUUAUGAAAUUACACGAUUUACCUGAUGUCAGAAAGUGCUACGAACCAGUUUUGGAGGAAUACUUCACAAAGUUUGGUGAAUAUAACCAAGACACAUCAUACCUUAUUACUCCUCUCAAAGCUCUCUGCACAAAGUAUGAUUCUAAGGUUAUCAUUGAUGCUAUUGACACAACCCUUGUUUAA